AAUGGUUAUGUCAUCAUCAGUCUUUCACGUCAGUGCGUUUGCAAAAUAACCUGAACAGACUUUUAGUUAAAUCCCAAGUAAAUGUUGAUAAUGUGCAAAGGAUGAUUGAAUCAAUGCAGUUCAACUACACUACAAGCAGGAAGUCUGAAGGAUUCUUUGCCAGGGGAUGGAAGAAAGUUAUUUGUAGUCCUGGUAAACAUCAGAGACCAGGAUGGCUUUGUUGUGAAAUGGGUCUUUUGGUAGAGGUCUGCAUCUCCUACUUGUCCACAGAUGUAGUUAGUUAGUAGAACAACAAAAGCCAUGGUUUCAUUGACAAGCCAAAGUCAGGACAAAGAUGUGGCUAUGAUGAUUCAGUUGCACCAGAAGCUUGCCCCAGCCACCUGAGGUCAUGUGGCCAACUGUUCCUCACCCAUAUGUCGCUGCUUUAGAAAGGGUGGAAGUCAGUGCAACUGGCUCGUGAUUAUCUGCAGUACCAAUCCAGAGUUGCACGGCUGUGCAGUUGUGGUAUGAAGAUAAGAAACUGUUUGGGGUAUAGAUUUAGGUGGCGAAGUGAGUAACUGCAGCAGUGAACUGAUGAUACUGGCUCAUUCGUGUUGUCAGUGCACUGUCCAGACAUCUGUAUUUUGUCCUGCACAACUCAAUACAAUACACCACUGAGUAAAAAUGAGCAAGAUAAGAGAGUAGGGUGAAAUUACCCCUUGUCAUAUUAAUCCCACGUCAGUAAACCAGUGUAUUUGCAGAAACAAAACUUUAUUUGGAACCUGUUUGGCUCUCAUGCUGCUCAGAUUCUCAUUUUAUUUUUAAAUCAGUCUCAAGUGACGUUUGUAUUCCUCUCCUUUUUUGAGUAUUCCCUGCUUCUGAAGCAACUUGCAGUUGAAAUUCUUGUUUCAAACCACAAACAACAAUGUUCCAACUGGGAGAAACUCAACUUCAAAUGCUUGUGGUCCUGAAGAUCUGGACAAAUGUGGCACUCCUUGUUCCGUUCAUUGAAUUCAGAAGAAGGAAAUUCUCCAGAACAGGAAAAUGUGUCAGGACUAAGACCACAAAAAAGGCCAGAGGGGAAUAUCGGUCUUCUUUAUUGAAAACAAUGAUGUGAUUCUGGACAAUAAGGUUGUUUGAUUGAAGAUGACUGAAAAAAAUACAACUCACUUCAGGGAAAUACCUUCAGAGACGUCAGUCGGAGAGUAUUUAAUUAUGUGAAAAACAUAUGCAUGGAUUAACAGAAUACCAGUGAAAAAACAUACAGACAUACAAAAAAAUUGCUGGACCCACUUUUUAAGUGACUAUUGAGUUAACAAAGUAAGGUUUCAUGAAGCCAGGCAAUAGUGAUAUCACUUCCUGUCCACUAUGAUUUUAUGCUAGCACUUCCUGUUUUGAUCCUCGCCUCCUUAGCUUGACACCUGGCUACCUGACUGUCUGCAGCAUUGCUGAAUUCCAUGCACCUGAUGACCAAUGCGAGAUUGCCAUUGUUGUCAUUCUGAACAUCGAAAAUCGUCUUAUCUGCCCUUUGUCUUUAUGUGUCUCUUGACCUCAGUGGAUUGCUUUCACCCCCUUUUCUCUUGUUUUUUCCCCCUCUACUUCUGUAUGUAUUUGGUUUUCACCUGUGCAUGUAUUUUUUGGUGCUUUCAGAGACAAACAUCCCAUGCAGUUUCUCCCUCAGGAUAUUCACUUCCCCAACACGUUGCUACAGAAUAUAAGACAUUUUUAAACAUGUGCACUUUAAAGAGAAGCCACUCUAAGAAUAGAAAAAUGCAUCAGUCAUUUCAAAUAGUUGGUCCACAUGCUAUCAGGUAAAGUAUUGAAUGACAUGUCCGUUCCUCGGCUGCUGCGUGUGGGCAGUAUUUGGUCCAAACACAUGGACAAUCUAAUAAAGUUGGGGCGACUGAGGCAGCCUGAGCGAGGAACAAUUUCUGAACAUCCAUUGUUUAUUUACCAGUCAAGGUUUGUUAUGUUCCGGAAAGGAAACACUGCAGUACUGAUCAACUAUACUAUCAUUACCACUUGCAUGUAGAACCUUUGUGGCAUCAUUUGGGAAUCAAAGCUGUUUUUAAUCUUAAUAGUUUCAUGUGCGACAUGUUUAUUUACACAACAGUAAACAUGCUGUAACAAAGGCAGAAUAAGUGUAUAUUUAACAGAAGACUGAGGGAUCAAGUUUGCUGGGUCUUUGUCUCCUACAGUGUAAAUACAUGUGGUUAACCGCAGGAAUUCCAGCCCCGGUAAAAGAGACGGGUUCACAUGUACUGUCCUCUCAUCAGUUCUGUGACACUCAAAAAUACAAGCAACACACUCAUUCCAAAAUGGCCAUGUCGUACUUCAAAACAGGACUGUAUUUUGCCAGGACUAUUAUUUCUAUACUCGAGGGUUAAACUACACAGAGCUAGUAAUGUCUCCCUGGACUCAUUUGUGGACUUAUAGAUGGACAACAUGUUCAUAUGCUGUAUACAUAAUGAAACCACAGUAUCAUAAUGCACUUGAGUCAAUGGGACCAUACCGACUCUGCUUCUUUGGAUUCAAGGGUUAGGACUCCCCUGAUGCCUUAGUUGCAGGACAACACGCAAGUAUAACCUAGAGAGGUACUUUUUGAAAAUUCCCUGCUUCUACAGCAAUGUUGAAAUUCUUGUUUCAAACCACAAGUAACACUUUUCCCACAGAGACUAAGUGAACUCUGCAUGCUUGUCCGUAAAAUCUGUACAAAUGUGGCACUCCCUGUUCGGUUCAUUGAAUUCAAGAGAGGGAUUUUCUCCGAAACAGGAAAAAGCGUCAGAACCAAGACCACAAAAACGGGUCAGAGGGGAAUAUCAGUCGUAUUUAUUUAAACUUUGAUGUGAUUCUGGACACUCAGAAGCUCCGCCUAUAGGAGACUGAAAAAGUACAACACGCUUCAGGAUCUGAUCGAAAUCCAAAGCAUGUGGAGAGCUUCAGCCCGUGUUUUCCGUUGCUGAUGCUCACUGAAGUGGAUGAGACUUUCUUCCAGAGAGGAUCAGACCUCAGAGGAGCUCAGGGAUUUACAGUAACCCCCCCUCCCUCCUCUCUCCUCCCUCCUCCCCGUCACUGUCGUCCGGGCUCUAUAUAAGUGGAUGGCAGACUCGUGCUUCAGUCUGACCGAGGGAGUAAAUACAGACUUGUUGGCCAUCAUGACCCCAGCCGUGACCCCUGACUGGAGACCCAACACAAGUCACCGACGGUUUCUUUUAAAGCAGCAUCUACAGGAUGAUUGACAACGGCUCAUCCUAAACCCAGGAUGCCUAUGGUGACGGUGGGCGGGGCAUCCUCCUCCCAGCAUGCAGCACCUGUGGCCCUCACUUGCGUGUGGUUACUGCUGUUCAUGCAGGGAGCCCGCACUGAGAAACCUGCCAAGCUCCCUCUGCUGGGGCGGAAGCCCUUCAUCGCGGCCUGGAACGCCCCACUUGACAUGUGCACCAUCAAGUACAACGUCACUGCGAACCUCGACCACCUCUUCCACAUCCAAGGAAGUCCCAGAGCCAGCAGGACAGGCCAAAAUGUCACUAUCUUCUACGCCAACCGAUUGGGUUACUACCCGUAUUACACGCCACAGGGUGUGGCUGUGCAUGGUGGCGUCCCUCAGAACAUUAGCAUGGACCUCCACUUGUUCAGAGCCUACCAGGACAUCAACCACUUCAUCCCAGCUGAGGACUUCAGAGGCCUGGCCGUCAUCGACUGGGAGUUCUGGCGGCCUCAGUGGAGCCGAAACUGGCACAAGAAAGACAUUUACAGGCAGAAGUCUCGAGCGCUGACGGCGAAGGCGUAUUUCAACUUGACACCCAUGCAGAUCGAGGAGUUAGCACGGCGCCGAUUUGAGAAGAGCGCUCGAGCCUUAAUGCAGAAAACGAUUCAGCUCGGGACACGCCUGCGGCCCAACGGCCUGUGGGGCUUCUACCUGUACCCCGACUGCCACAACUACAACUUUCACGAGGCCAACGAAAUAGGCUUCUGCCCACUGAUCGAGAGUGUCAGGAACGAUGAGCUGCUGUGGCUGUGGAACAGCAGCACGGCGCUCUUCCCGUCUGUGGCCAUUAGGAAAAGCUACUCCAGCAGCAUCAGCAACUUGCACUUUACACGCCACCGGGUGCGAGAGGCCCUGCGUGUGGCCUCACUGACCUCAAGGGACUACGACCUCCCCACUUAUGUUUACCUGCGACUGGGCUAUCGAGAGGAGGCCAUGGCCUUCCUCACCACGAAGGACUUGAUCUACACCAUCGGGGAAAGUGCUGCUUUGGGAGCUGCAGGGUUCGUCAUCUGGGGCGACCUCAACCUGACCUCAUCGAGAUACAACUGCACCAAAGUGAAGAACUUCCUGUCCUUUCGCCUGGGUCAGUACAUCACCAACGUGACACGGGCCGCUGAAGUCUGCAGCGACGUCAUGUGCCAGGGGAACGGACGCUGCAUUCGCCGGGAUCCGCAGGCGCCACAUUACCUCCACCUGAGCUCCGACAGCUACCAAAUACUUCCAUCUGGUGAUGGGGACUUCACUGUCGUUGGCUGGCACUCGCCGCAUGAACUUCAGCAGAUGACUGAGAGGUUUCGCUGUCACUGCUACGAGGGUCACGAGGGCGAAGACUGUCACAGCAUUAACUCGGUAAUGGAGGACGAUGAGCAGAAAACUGAGGAGGACAAUGAACAGGACAAGAAGAGGACAGAGUGGGAGGAUGAGCAGGGUGAAAUAUGGGAGACGGUCCAGAACACUACUCCGCCAACACACCGCCAUCUUUGCCAGGUUUUUUUAAGUCACCUGAUUGUGCUGUUCUUGUUGAAAAUGCUUGCAGAAUAAAUGACUUUGGGAGUUGUAACAGGGUCGGAUAGAAGUGCCUUUAAAACAACCUGGCCAGCUGCAUACUACUAUUGACAAUAAUGUGCCUUAUAGACUAUUUUAGGGUUAUGGUUUCCAGAAUGCUGGGUCAAAGUGUGACCUUCUACUUCACGUAUGAAGUUAGCUCUUGGGCUAGUAGUCAUAGUCAGUGCCAUGGCUUUGGAUUACUCUUUUAUGAAAGUAAGUCACUUCACCAGAGGCCCAUGGUCGAGCUCUGUUUGUAGCAUUGUGGCCAGUAAAUGAUAAAAGAGAAACUGUUACGACAGUCAGGACACAAAUCAAACACAAGGCCUGAGGGCCAAAUCCAGUCCUCCAAGUCAUUCACUUAAAGUGAAUCACUUCAAUUACAUGUCAGUAUUGUGACCUAUGAAGAAUAGUAUGGAGGCUAUAAUUCUGUAGCAUGUACACGGUCCAUCAGCGCUGAUAUCUCUGCAGUCUGCGUAUGUUGAAGCUAACCACAGAGAUAACUGAAACAGAGACCACCUCCUCUUCUCUGUUAAUACCAGUGAGACUGUUUCAUAAAAUUUCUUUUUUUGGCUAGUGACAAGAACUUUGGCCCUUGAGUGACUGAGUUUGACACCUCAAUUUAGACGAGGUCAAGAGGUGAGAUUUGUUCUUGACAAAAUGUUUAUUUUAAAUAUUGGGUUAAAAAGGAAAACAAGCUUAUAAAAGGCAACUGUGUGGGAGUAGACUAGGUGCUAUUUUUUGUAAUUACAAACAUCUAAAUACAGUAUCUAACCGAUCCAGUCCAGAAAUAAACAACACCAAAUCUUUAAAACAGUCACUGUAAGCGGAAACACAGCAUUGCAUGUAGACUAGUUGUGUACAGGGCACUUUACUUUUGACAUGCCAGUGAUUCUCUUUGGAUUUUGCAGACUGAUAUUAUAGUAUACUACCUGAAAUGGUUACCAAAUAAUGACGCCUCUGUCUGCUUCUAGAUAAUAUCCACCUGAAGCUGAAUGUAUGUAUAAUGUGUUCACCUCUCCAGAUUUGCUCAGAGAAAAGGGUUUCAAAACUUGAAUGACACUCUAACCUCAAGGUGGCGCUGCAGGCCAUUCCUAUCAGCAAUAAACGACAGAUUUGAAAACUUGACUUGGACUCUGGGAUGGGUUUCGCAGACGCCAACCAAAGGUAGCAUUGAACCAGCGGAUAUAAUGCUAUUCAUUUUGGAUGUCUCGCCAUGACAGACACAUUCUUGUGUUUCAUACACGUGUUCAGUAAACCGUGGUUUUACUUGAUGCUGUACACUAGCUGUAGUCACUUGUGUUAGUUGGAGCUUGUGUUUGCAUGUGUCAGCAGUUCAUGUCUUUGACCUGCAGUGUUCGUCAACGCUGCCAGUUGUGAUGCGGCACAUACGUGUUUUUUGGAAUUUUUUCUUGAAUAUCUUUGUCCACACAGGACGAAACUCAGAUCAGCAGCCUUGUCAGACUCUCAUGAUCCAAGUUCCAGUUUAUCAGUGGCUCUAUUUCAUAUCCUACUGCCUGAUUUAUUAGGGAUCAAAAAUAUAAACGUAAAUAGUAAACGCAAAUAGUUCUGAGUUAUGGUGUUUGCUGUCUGUCAUAACGUUUUUUUUCACUCCAAAGAUUGUAUUCAACUAUGCAGUAAGGACUGAACAACGUAAGAGAAAUGUAAUAUGAAUGUGAAUGCACUGCAAA